GUUUCCUGACUCCAACCAGAACUGUGUUGAAUUUUCAUCCAUCAGAAUGAACAACAAAUUUCUGGGCACCUGGAAACUUGUCUCUAGUGAGCACUUUGAUGAUUAUAUGAAGGCUCUGGGUGUGGGUUUAGCAACCAGAAAGCUGGGAAAUUUGGCCAAACCCACUGUGAUCAUCAGCAAGAAAGGGGAUAUUAUAACUAUAAGAACUGAAAGUACCUUUAAAAAUACAGAGAUCUCCUUCAAGUUAGGCCAGGAAUUUGAAGAAACCACAGCUGACAAUAGGAAAACAAAGACCACUGUGACCUUGGCAAGGGGUUCAUUGAAUCAAGUGCAGAAAUGGGAUGGCAAAGAAACAACAAUAAAGAGAAUGUUGAUGGAUGGGAAAAUGGUAGUGGAAUGUAAGAUGAAGGGUGUGGUCUGCACCAGGAUUUAUGAGAAGGUCUAAGAAAAUCAGUUCCUUGUUGAAAUGAUAUAUGGUCAACUGACGUUGGAAAUCAACUAUUUCCAUUCGCAAAGCCUGACUACACUGAAGUUUGCUUGUUUUUGCUUUCCUCUAAAUAGAUUAAAUUUGCA